GCGAACCGAAAUUGUUGUUGUCAUUCUCGCUUCAGCCAGGAAGGGUCGCGAACGAUUUUUUGGUGCAAAUUUUCUUCGAUUUUCUCCGUUGGAAAGGUGGAAAUUUAGUGCCCAAAAGCACACCGGAAGUGAGCUACAUUCGCUUGCAGUGAAUGUGACGGUAGUUGCCGAUUAGCUGGUCGUAAAUUUGCCUGUUGGAUUUUUGCUGCUGGCGCGUUGAGUCAAGCGCCUCGCACACAGGUGGGUAGCCAGGGAGAGGUUCCGCGGCGUAAGGGGUUUUUCGAUCUCUGGAAGCGAAGAACACUUUCGACGAGGCGGCGACGGGGAAUAUCAAUCCAAGAUGGUGAAGAGGAAAACUCAACCAAUAAUCGAUUCGGAAAGCAGCAGCGAUUCCGGGUCCGGUUCGGAUCUUGAUUCGGAGCUGCUGUCGUUGGCCAAGAAAAAGAAAACCGCCAGGCUGGCAUCGAACUCUCCGGGAGGGAAGUCUUCCGAUUCCGACUCGGAGGAUGAUUCGGAACCAGAAGCAGCGGUGCAGCGCAAAAAGCGAGGGGCAAAGCCCGCUUCCUCUUCGGAAUCCGAAGAUGAGGAUGAGGCCGAGGAGGAGGAGGAAGAAGAAGAGGACGAGCCGGAAGAGGAGGUCAAACCAGCGGCCAAAAGUGGCGUAAAGCGUAAACAACCAGAGGAGGAGCAGGAAGAGCAAAAAGGUGAAUCGGAGCCUGAGGAAGGCCAGGUUUCAUCGGAAGAGGAGUCUGGUUCCGGUUCCGGUGAUGACAGUGAUGACGAAAGUGGCAGCAGCAGUAGCAGCGAUUCCGAAUUCAAUGACGGGUAUGAUGACGAGAUGAUGGGAGACGAGGAAGAUCGGGCCAGAUUGAAUGCCUUGUCGGAGAAAGAACGUGAAACGGAGAUUUUCAAACGUAUCGAACGGCGCGAUGUCAUGAAGACCCGCUGGGAGAUUGAACGUAAGUUGAAGCUAGCCAAGAAGGCAGAACGCGCCAAGGACAAGGAAUCACAGCCUCCGAAGAAGAAAAAGAAGAAGGACAAAAUGAAGAAACUGGCCCAGCAGAAGGAACAAGAGGAGAAGAAAAAGAUAGCUAAGGCUCCGUCUCCCGAACCGAAAGCACCGUCUCCACCUCCGCCAGUGCAGCAGGAAGAACCUUCCGAGGGAGAGGCCAGUGACAGUUCUCAUCAUUCUUCGCCGGAGAAAUCCAAAGAUGCCGAAUCAGCUUCCGGUGCUUCGGAUUAUUUCGAUCCGAAAGAACGUUCCAAGGAGCGAAAGAAGAAUGUCGAAGCCAACCGGACCGACGACAAACGAAGCAAUGCCAUGGCCAUGUUGAAAGCAAAACGAGAAGGCAAAGCCAAGCGUGAGGAGGAAGAAGCGAAAAAGGAAGCUCAACGCAAGGCUGAAACCGAGGACAAGGACGAUCUGGAAGAUGUCCCUGGUGGCAAAUCUAAGAAGCUCAAAGCAUCGGACAUCUACUCGGAUGACUCCGGAAGCGAUAGUGAAGACGAGAAAAAGUCCGACCGUCGAUCGCGGUCUGGUUCCAGCAGCGGAAGCGGUAGCGAUAGCCGGUCCUCUUCCGACGAAGAAACGUGGGACAAAGAAAAGGACUCCAAGGAGAAGAAACCUUCGUCGAGUUCGUCCAGCUCUAGCAAAAAACCUGCCGCCAUUAGCAAUAAGGAGGAACUCAACAAACUACGAAUCUCGCGACACAAGAUAGAACGCUUCAUUGCUCUUCCGAUGUUCGACCAGAUCGUGCUGAACUGUUUCGUUCGGAUCAACAUCGGAAACAACAACGGAAGGCCGGUCUAUCGGGUGGCGGAGAUCGUCGGAGUCGUGGAGACGGCCAAAAUCUAUCAAUUCGGCAAGUGCCGCACCAACAAAGGGUUCCGGCUGAAGCAUGGCAGUCAGGAGCGGGUUUUCCGGCUGGAAUUCAUCUCGAAUCAGGACUUUACGGACAGCGAGUAUCAGAAGUGGUUGACCGUUUGCGAGGCUACCGGAACGGCGCUGCCCUAUGUCGACAGCAUCGAGAAGAAGCAGCGGGAGAUCAAGGAAGCGAUUCAGUACGAGUUCAAGGACGCCGACAUCGACAAGCUCAUCGAGGAGAAGAACCGAUUCCGGGCGCAUCCCACCAACUACGCCAUGAAGAAGACGCUGCUCAUGAAGGAACGUGAUGCAGCCCAACUGCGCGGAGAGGACGAACUGGCACGCGAUUUGAACACCCAGAUCAUGGAGCUCGAGGAGCGCGCCAGCACACUGGACAAGAAGCGCAGCAGCAGUAUUAGUUUAAUUUCCUACAUCAACGAUCGCAACCGGAAGCGCAACGUGGAGGAUGCCGAGAAGGCCAUCAAGGAGGAAAUUCGGGCCACCCGAGGUAUGAAGAUCGAAGAUCCGUUCACGCGCCGGCAAACGCAGCCGCGGAUGUCGUUCAAAGCGUCGGACAAGAAAGACGAAGUCCCAACCAUCCAGAUGCCGGCACCUCCACCGCCGGGCCAGAAGAAGAAACCGGACGAGAGGAAGCCCACCUCUAGUGCGGACAACAAUCUGUACUCGUUGCAUGAUUUCGAAAUCGACCUGGACGUACCUCUUCCGGUCGGCUCCGUCAAUGUACUUCCUAAACCGGUGGAGAAACCGGUCAAAGAAUCCGGUCCGAAGCGAUCGCUCAACCUCGAAGACUACAAAAAGAAGCGAGGUCUCAUCUAGAGAACAACAACUACUAUCCUUACCGACAACAGGACAACUAUCGGUAUUCUCUUACAAACAACUAUUAUUCUAUAAUCUACCCAAGUAAGUAGCAAUGGAAUAAGUAGCCUCAUAGGAAUCUGUACAUGACAGACUCCACCCACACAUCCACAUGAACGAACACGCAAGACACCACACCGAGAAGUUGCUGGAUAUGCUACCUAGACAACUUUUCUUUUCUUGAAACAAAAUCUAAAAGUUUGCAUCAGCAAAGAUUCCUAAUGCUUGUUGACAUGAUUAACUCUUGCUCACAGUUCAGGAGACACAUCCUUUUAGAAAAGAACGUGUUAUUAAAAAACAAUGAUAAUUAUCCACUGUAUCUUCACAGAACAAUAGCAAACGAUUACGUCGAAAAAUUGUACCACGUAGACUGUCUUCUUAAUUUUUAUUUAUUUUUGUUAUCUCCCCUCGGGAGAUAUCAAUGACGACCGAUGAUGAUGAUGAUUAUGAUUAUAUGGUAAUGCUAAUUGUGUAGGAUAAUCAAAUUAAUACUGCUGGCAAGGCAAGUUUAAAUACAUAAGUACAUUGUAAGCGCAUUGCGAAAAAGGCAGGAAGAACAUUUCCGAGCAAGUGAAGGAAGAUGAAAAUAUAACAAAUAUAUUGUUAUAACUGAGA